UACCAACUCGCGCCACCCACCGGCCACCACCGCUACCACCCCCCCGACGAAACUACAAACCAUCCCCUCCACAGACUGCGCACCGAGCCGUCGGUACCACCCCGCCCCGCAUCGCAUUGCGAUACUCCGUGACGGGUUAUCGUUAUGCUCGGGCGGCAUUGGCAGUUUAUUAUUUCCAUUGUCGGUUCCUAAUUCUUAUAAGUUAUUAUCGCCAUCGUUCAUCCGUUUCUGUUAUCGAAAUAUGAACCGGAAUCAAUGCUGUCGGUUAAAAAUAGUCCGGUUCGAAAAAACAGCCGUUCGCGUCAUCGGCUAAUCCAGCGGGAAAUGUCUCGAUAUCCCGUCGAACGUCAUCGUUAUCAUCUCGGCAGUCGUCGUAUUCAUCGCAUCGCCGAUCGUUUGAUCUGCGGCCGUUUAGCAUCGCCGCCGUCCGCCGCUAAAUAUUAUAUUACCGCACGCCGACGACGGCCGUUACCACCACCACCGCCGCCGUCGUCGCCACUGACGCGGUCGUAGUCACUAGUCACUGCUCAGUGCUCACUACUCACUAGUCGUAGUCCGUGGUGCGACGCCGGUGCUGAGCUAUUUGUUCGCGUGUGCCGCAGACCCGCUGCAAUAGUUUGUUCCGUAAUUCCGUUGCGUGGCGGGCGAAGGGCUUGCGGGUACGUGCGUCGCGACAUCGGGGCCGGUUGACGACAAGACGUGUGCGAAAAAAUAAUUUACCGACGCGCUGUGCAUCGAAUUGUCGUCGUGUCCAAUAUCACCAUGACCACCACCACUAGUCCUCGGACGGUCCUAGAUCAAUAAUACUGUGAAUAUCUGAAGACUACCUAUUGAAAAAUUAUAACUGAGUGAUAACAGUCAACAGUUAUAAGAAAUGCCAUGAUAGGACGAUUGUAUUCUUUAAUUUUAUCGCUUGGCAGCCUUACAUUAAUCACAUUUUGUUUGUGGUCAGUAUGGAGCAAGAUAGCCAAUGUCGACGAAUCACAUGUAGGCCAUGUCGAAUAUCGUAUACUUACAAUAGAAAAUGUUACUUCAAAACCAUUCGAGUUACAUUCUUUGGCCGAUACAGACCUUCACUCCUUAAUCGAUUUGCCAUCUUUCAAUUUCAAUAUAAACCAAAAGGUAUGCAACAACAACACUAAAUUGAUAAUGGCUUUAGUUCAUACUGCGCCUGGACAUUAUGCCAAACGUCAGGCUAUAAGAGAGACAUGGGCAAAGAUGAUACCUACAUUAUUUUUUAUGGGUCUCCCAGAUUCAAACAUUACUCAAAACAAUGUUGUCUCAGAAAAUAAAAUAUACAGUGAUAUUGUCCAAGGCGACUUUAUAGAUUGUUACCGUAAUUUAACUUAUAAACAUGUGAUGGUACUAAAAUGGACUUUGUACUAUUGUCCUUGUGCCAGGUAUUUGCUCAAAACUGAUGAUGAUACAUUGGUUAAUGCACCAUAUUUAUUGGAAAUACUCAAUCAUAGAUUAUCACCUUUAGGAGCACGAAAUUUGCUUAUGUGCCAACUCAUGUUUUCAAGUAUGGUGAAACGUUCAUAUCGAUCUAAAUGGAGAGUUUCAUAUUCAGAAUAUCCAAAUCGUUGGUAUCCAAUUUAUUGUAGAGGCUGGGCGAUAGUGUAUUCGCCAGAUGUAAUUUAUAAACUAUACACAGAAGCACAAGUGUCUCCAUAUUUUUGGAUUGACGAUGUUCACAUAACUGGUACAAUAGCUGAUAAACAAAAUAUAACUCAAACAGAUUUAGGAACAUUAGCAGUUGAUGAAUCUGAUGUGCUGGGCGAUAAAAAUAUUAGUCGCAAGUUUUUAUUUUGCUUACUAACUAAAGCAGAUCAGUCAAUGAGAAAAUUUUGGAAAACUCUUUUACAACCAAAUGAUACUGUUGUUUCAUCUUCAACUAACCUUGGGCUGGACGAAAAUGUUGGUAAUAAAUAAUAACUAAACAAAUAUGAGUAAUACAUAAUAAUUUUUUAGAAGAUUGAACAAUGAAUUGUGAUAAAGUAGCCUGUAAACAAGUUAUUUGUUAUUAUUUUAUUUUUAUUUUAGGAAGUUAUAUGAGUAGGUAUUUUUAAAUAAGGCUGAUAUUAAAAUUGAGAGUUAUAAAACAAUGUGUAUGUAUAAAUUAUAAUAUAAUUUUAUUUUAGAUACUUAGGUACCUAAUUAUAUAGUGUGAACUGUGAAGCGCUACAAAUUAUCUUUAAGGGAUGUUUAAUAUAAAACGUUUCAAGUGAUAUAUUUAUAGACAUUGAUGUAUACUAAUACAAUAUAUUAUAUAGUAUAACUUUCAUUUAUAAUGAUAUACUAAUUAAUUACAUACAUUUUAAUUAACCAUAUAGUUUGUAAAGUGUACAUAUAUAAUUACUAAUGUAUUGUUAUAUUUUAUUUUAUUUUAAUUAUUAAUAUCCCUUAAUCAUUUUAAAAGUGUUAAAACCAUGUGUACCUAUUAAAUAAUAAAAUAAAUAUAGUAUUAACAAUACAUAGAUUCUGUUUACUUAUAGUUUAAAAAUAAGAAAUUUAAUUUGAUGAAGUACAUAGAUAUUUGUGAAAAGAAGUGAAUAUAAAAGAUACAUCAUGAAAUCAUUGGUUCAAACAAACACUGUAAUGGCAGUGUAAAACAAAAUAGUAAAAUUUUCAUGAUUUUAAAUUAUUAUUAGAAUGUAGUUAAACAAACUUUUAACAAUAAUUUCUGUUCUUCAACCACAAAUUUUCAAAUGUUAUCAAUUAAAUAUUUAUAUGUAAUAUAAAUAAAAUAGCCAAUUGAAUUUUAUAAUUUUAAUUUUAAUCUUAUGAAAGCUGGUGAAUUAGUAUAAAUUAUGUCCAAAGAUGGGACAGCAUUUCGCCAUUACUCAAAUUCGCCAAUAGUAGGUACUAGCGGUUUCUUUAAUUAAUUAAUAUUAUAUUCCUACCCAAAAUCAUAAGUUUGAAUCACUUGAAAUAUUUUAAUAUUUAACAUCUCUAGCAAGCUAAAUAAUGUGUUAUGUAGGUAAUCGUUUUAGUGAUAAUUUUUGUUUUUCAGUUAUAAGCAAAUAAAAUGUAUUUCAUUUUGAUUAUUAAAUUGUUUGCAUUCCAAGAAAAUGUGUACCUCAAAGUAAACUUUUGUUUUGUAUUACCUUCUAUAUGAAAAUGUUCUGGCUUCAGCUUAUUUUCCCACAUGUAAUUGUAAAUCAUAAACCUUAUACUACUAGACAAGAACUGUAUAACAACAGCAUUAUGAGUGGCGUAACAACAUUUCGCUGUGAUGUAGCCUGUCUUAACAACAAAAUACAAUAAUAUAAAUAUCUACUACCUCGCACUACCAUCAUAUUGAGUAAUCUAGUAAUAAAAUAGUGUCCUCUAUGUUGUUAUGCUUUCCAAACGCAUUGCUUGUCUAGUAGUAUGAAGUCUAUGUUGUAAAUCAUAGUUCAAAUGUUAUUGAUGAAACUCAAAUACUGAGAUAAAAUUAUAUCACAAAUUAUUUUAAUAAUUCCUGAUAUCAUAUUAUUAUAACCCAAUAAAUAAAGGGAUAAAACUAAGAGAACUAAAUAAUUAGCUGUGGUAGACUUCUUUAAUUUUAGGAAUGAUCGUAACCAUUCAUUGUAUCCUAACAUCCAUAUAAGUAUCCUAAAUUUUAAUAUAAUUUCUUUAAAUCUGUUUUCAAAUGAAUCUUUUUCUUGAUUUUAUUUUUAUGUAUGCUAAUAUAAUUUUGAAUACAGUCUGAAAAGCAAGGAUUAAAGACUAAUUACUACAAUUUUAAUUGUUAUCACUGUGCUUAGCUUUAACUAUUUUAACAUAACUUUUGGAGGUAUAUGUUCUAUAGAUAUGAUUGUAUGAUUGUGAAACUUAAACUCAAUAGCAGAUGAUUAAAUAAAUUGAGCCUAGUAAUUAUGCAACACCAAUCUGCCACAAAUAAGUUAAUUUAUGUUUUUUUAUUUUAAAUUGCUAAAAUGUCAUUCUUGAUUUUCUUUAACUUGGAAUAAUAUAAAGUUUGAAUAAAAAAGCUUUUGAUAUUGUAAUGAAUUUUUUACAAAUUUAAUACCCAGAACUUUUUGGUCAUAAUAUGUCCUUAUAUUAUAUUUUACAAACAUUUAUGUAUAAAUUAAACAAAACUAAAUUAACCAAUAAUUUAUAUUGUUCUUAACUUAAUAUUAAUAAUUUGUAUUAAAUUUGUUUUAAUCCUUGCUUUUUUGGUGCAUACUUGUUCCUAAUAUAAGUAUUAAUUUUACAAUUUAAAUGUAUUGUUGAGACUUAUAAUCAUUAUAAUAAAGUAUCUAAAUAAAAAAAAAAAAAAUUAAUGUUUGAAGUUGAUGUCAAAAGAAGAUCUCAUGAGAUGUACUUAAAUUGAGUUUAAUGUUUCAACGUAAGUUAUAAAUUGUUUUUGUGUUUAAUUUGUAUACUCUUAAUACAAUUUUAAGUUAGAUAUUUCUCAUAAAUUCAAUAUUUUUCUUUUAUGGUGGUUAUUUAAAAUUAACUAUACAAAUUCACAUGUUGAAUAAUGUUCUAUUAAAAUACUUCAUUUAGUUAAAAAAACAUUAAAUUGGUUCGUUUCAAGUCUUAAGUUGUAAUAAUAAGGCAUAUCUAAUUUAAUAGUUGAAACUAGGAUACUUUGUUUUCUUCAUGUAUGUUUGAACAUUGUAUUUACUAUUUACUUCAAUUAAAGUAAAUUCUGAAGAAUUUUCUGUGUUUAAAUGUUUGUGUUAUAAACCAGAAUUUUGUUGAAAAUGGUUAUUUUUUAUUUAGUGAGAUGCCUAAUUUACUAAAAUAUGUGUCAUUGAUAAAACAUGUUUUUAAUAAAAUUAUGUACUUAAACUUUUGUUUUGUAUAUGUAAUUAACUAUUAAAAAUUGUUAAUGUUAAGAACAUAAUUUUAAUUAGUAUAUACUAUAUAUCAAAUACCAAAAAUUGUUAAUUAUAAUUUUUUAAAAAAAAUAUAUAUAUAAAUUAGAUUUUUUUUAUUGAAUUGGUGCCAAAUUUUAGAACUUAGUGUCAAAAAAUGUCAGUUAUAAUUUGUUGCUCAAUUGUCACAGUAAUUAUUAUUUAAGUAUUCACCUUAACUAUUAUUUGUAACAGUUAUAAGUUUCUUAUUAUCUGUUUCAUAUAUUUUUUUUUUGUUAUUUAUAUUUCAUGAAAUAUGUAUUAGGGACCAAUAAUUUGUCUUAUCACCGACAGAUAAAGAAUCUGGUAUACAUAAAUGAACAAGUGACUCGAAAGAGUUCAAUAAAAUUAUAUUUCAAAAGUGUUGUUAAAGAUACACAGAUAUAAUAUUAGGUGCUCUUCAAAAAAUUAAUUUUCUAAAAUGAAAUUUCAAAAAAAAAUUAUGAAGUUUGUUUUAAAAAAAUUUAAAGUUGAAUUACAUUAGUUGUAUAUUGUGUUUAUAUAUUUUACUUAUGUACAACAUACUUAUAUUUGUUUGCAACACAUUCCUUAAAAUAUAUUUUGAAUGCCUAAUACUAUGUCGGUAAUGAAAUACUGUUUAUAAUCACUGAUAAUACAUAUUAUUAAUUGAUUUGAGUUUUUGAUUCUGGCGUUUUUAUUUAAUGUUUAUUUUAUUGAAAACAAAGUUGUUAUUAUAAUUUUUAAGAAUCCUUGUUUUAUUUGAAAUAAAACGAUUUUGAUUUUGUUUGUUUGAAAUAAUUAUUGAAUUCGUCCGUAACCUGCAAUUAUCACAAUGAUCAUCUUAUUUCUUUAAAUCCUAUAUAAUACAUUUAUUUUAUACUUAAUAGUUUGGGGAUAAAUCGGGUAGUUUUAAAUUCUGCUUUUAAAUCUCAUUAUUAUACAGAAUGAUUCACCAAGCAUCCUUUUUAUUCAAUAGUAGUAUGUAGAUUUUGAGUUAUUUAACAUUUUGUUCUAAGAAUAAUAGAUCAAUUAUGAUGGAUUAAAAUAUAUGAAAUGUUACGGCGACUUAACAAUUUUAGUAAUUAAUAUUCAUUUAUCAACAUUUAUAAUUUGUAAAAAUAAUCCAAGUAUUGUGUCAGUCUGGCCCACCCGGCUAUCCGGUGAUGAAUGAGCAUUUUAAAAAACAUGCUUAGAUUUUUGAUGAGCCAACAAUAUCUGGAUCCUUUAACUUGUCUGUUCAUUGAAUAAGUCAUUCAAUUUAUUAUCAAAGAUAGAGUUAUUGUCAUUUAUUGAUAUGUUAGGACGUUUCAGCAAUGAAUUAAAAAAAGUAGAUAUUAUUUUAAUAAUAAUUCAUAAAUUAUUUAAUUUGACUUUUGUUAUUUAUGUUAAUUGUUAAUUGAAUAUUUUUCACAAUAAAGCAUAUUAUUUUCUA